CAAAUAGGGAGAGGCUCGGGGAUUACUACACUUUUCUCCACUUGUCCUGUUGUCCAGUGUUGACGGAUGGUUAUUUAAACGUCCACGUUAUCUUCUAUCUGAGUUGCAUAUGGUUCACAAACCACAAAAUAUAGUCUCCAAAGGAUGAGCCUUUUCUCUUGAGCAAAUUUUCAUCAACUCCUCAAGAAAAUUCAUGGCUUCUGCAGGCUCUACUCUCUCCAUAAAAAGUGUGCACAAUGCAGCACUCUCCGCCCGCAACGCGAACACUCCUAAGCAUGCACAGUUUGUGGUGCCUACCAACGGAAGGAGGCAAUGCUUGCUCCUGCUCACCUCAACUCUGUCACUGAAGGCCAUGGAGCUACCAUCCAGAGCUGAGGGUAUUGGAUUUUUUGGAUUACGGAAGAAGUUAGAGAAGGCGGAGGAGGAAGCCGAGGAGAUAGUCAAGGAAGGUUUCGAGACUGCAGAGAAGGGACUAGAGACAGCUGAGAAGGGGAUAGAAGCUGCAGAGAGGGGAGUGGAAUCGGCUGAGGAGGAGAUUGAGACCGUGCUGAGCUUCGGAGGCCUCGCGCAGGCUGGAGUGGUGGCUGGAGCAGAAUUUGUGGGAGUUUUGGUGGCUAGUGCUGUUGUAAAUGGUAUUCUAGGACCUGAAGCUCAGAAAUCUUGAAUGUUAUCUUUUUGUUUCGUCCUAGAAAAAUAUUGUUUUGUGAUUUGUAUUCGAGAUGAUUAUAUAAAAUAGUAUACAUAAAUUUCUUCAA